CAACAAACAACAGGAGGAUCUGGUGGAUCAAGAUUAUCCAAGGACAAUGAGCAAAAUCCGCGGUGUGCUUCCGCUAUUUCUAGCCACCAGCGUCGGAAUCGUUAAUGGGAUUUGGGUCUUUCAGCCCCUCCUUGCAGCAAAACAGGAAGAGAAGGACAAUUUGGCAAAACAACUUCUAGAUGUUGAGCAUCAAGCCAAAGAAGGCGACGCCAAAGUCAUACGAGAGGCCGAGAAUGCAGCGAGCCGAAUCUCAGCAACCGAAGCUGCCCUGAAGCCAAUUCAACCAUCAAGCUCUUGGUGGCCAAAUAUCAGUCUGUGGUCGAAGUCUGAGAAUGCGGCAAUCAAGGACUCCACAGACCUGCAUCCUCGAAUCGAAGCAACGAAGAUUAGCAAAGAUUCAAAGGAGGCUAAUACUUGAGACGUUGCGGUCAAGAGCGCGGUAGCGCAGCAUAUCUUUGAAUCUGCCAGGAAAAGGCAGAGCCGAUUCCUCUCGGGGACAGAAAUACCGUUGCGACCUUCGAGGACACCGCCGCGGUUGUCAGAAGCCAUUUAACCAUGUCAAAUCGCCUUUUAAAGACCAAGGUCCAAGCUGAGAUGACGGCAAUACAAUCACGAAACUGUCAAAAGCUAGGGACUCUUGUUUUACUGCAAUGAGGAGGUACAAGGCUAUACUGAUAUUGGGUCCAACUUGAGGGACUGUUGGCCAGGUUAAAGGCUGCAAAUGCUGAAAGAUUUGACUGUCGAUAGUACCUAUACAGAGUAGAUGUUGGAUAUUGUUCGCCCCU